CCCUCGGUAAAAUACAGUGGGCAUCUCAGUAUAUUUGAGAUAGUAUAUGAGGGGAUAGCGAUAACCUUUGACGAACACCCACCAAUCUAGAGUAUGUGGCGCCUCUUACCCCACCUUCACAAUAGCCAAAGGUGGGAAAGAGCCGUGGUGUAUUUAUAAUAUUCUUUCUUAACUUUAAUGCUCAUAAGGUUUAUGGUUUCUUGUAAUCUCGUCUCUUAGUAUAUUUUUUUUUGUUCCCAUCGCCUUGACCCUAAGCUUCUUAUCCUAUUAGAAUAACCAAUAUGGCUUCUCAACCCUACACCCUCAAGUGGGGUAUUAUGGCCACGGGCGGCAUCGCUCAGACUUUCACUAAGGACCUUCUCACUAAUCCCGCAAUCCGCGAUGUUCAUGAUGUCGCCCACAAGCUGGUUGCAGUGGCAUCCUCAUCUUCCAAGGAUAGCGCGACGUCAUUUCUCCAAAAAGUCAAUGCUCCAGACGGCGUAAGGGCAUACGGUUCCUACACCGAGUUGGUGAACGAUCCGGAUGUUGAUAUCGUCUAUGUCGCAACCCCACACAGCCACCACUUUCAGAACACUAUGCUUGCUUUGGAAGCUGGCAAGAAUGUUCUAUGUGAGAAGGCUUUCACCGUCAAUGCUGUUCAAGCGCGAAAACUUGUUGAGACCGCCAAGGCCAAGAACCUCUUCUUGAUGGAAGCAGUAUGGACGCGAUAUUUCCCCCUUAGCAUAAAGAUCCGCGAGCUAGUGCAAUCCGGUGCUAUCGGCCCUGUAUAUCGAGUCAUUGCCGACAAUUCAUUCGGCAACGAUGGCCCGAAUGGUACUCUUACCUGGCCCGACGAUAACCGAAUGGUGAACCCGGACUUGGCCGGAGGCGCAUUGCUGGAUCUGGGUAUCUACUCACUGACAUGGCUCUUCCAAUUUCUAUACCACCUGCAACCAGAGGCGGAGAAGGAACCACCGCGAACCGUCGCUGCUAUUAACAAGUACUCAACUGGGGCUGAUGAGAUGACCAACAUCAUCCUCCAGUUCCCCAAGCACAGGAGUAUGGGAAUAGCGAUGACCGCCCUACGGAUCGCCACCAACACCGACGGGCACAACAGCGGAGGCCCCGCAAUCAAGAUCCAAGGUCCUCUAGGAGAAAUCCAAGUUAUGGGCCCCGCCUUCAGUCCUCUGCAGUACAAGAUCAUUAAGAAAGAUGGAGGUGGCAAAGUCGAGGUUGUGGAUUGCCCGAUACCGAAGGAUCCGGAACGAAAUUGGGGUCAUGGUAUGUUCUGGGAAGCAGACGAAUGCGCCCGAUGUCUUCGCGAUGGCAAGAAAGAGAGCGCUACUCUACCAUGGUCUGAGAGCAUCGUUAUUAUGGAGGUUAUGGAGGAAGCUUUGAAGCAGGGUGAUGUUAAAUACCCCGAGCUGAUCACCACUGACGUAUACGACCCGAAGAGCCCCCUGAACACUGGGGGUAAAUAACUCGCCCGCGAUCUUGGCUUAGAGCUGCGGAAGGGUUCUUGUCUCGGUAAGCAUAGAAUAGCAUAUAAUACUAAGGACGUUGUCGAACACCUAAGCGGACCCGACUUCUUGAGUUGAUGGAUCGUGAACUUCUGAAGCAACUGAUCUAGGGUAUAGUGAUCACUGGCCCCCAAAAUAUUAUACGAGGGAGAAGUAUCAGUAUAUGGACCAAGAUCUUCGAAGUAUACGGCCAAUACUCACCUUCAAGCUAUUUAUACUAUCCCUUACUUAAUUCCCAAUUGGCCGAUUCAGCGCCAGCCACGAUAAUAUCCGAAACAUCAUCGGGCAUUAGCCUCGGUACCGU